AUGGAAGAUCUUGCCUCCAGCUCUCGAGUCGUACUGCUUCCAGCGUACCCGAUCUCUCUCGCAGGCGUAUACCUCAUCUCGAGCAUCUGGCUCAAGAUCCGGCGCGGCAAGGCAAACAUAGACGAUGGCCUCUCCUCUAUUUCGGACACCCGGGCCCGGUUGAUAAGAUGGCUUCUCUGCAUCUUUACCGUCUCGUUAUUGGGCUCCAUCCUCGUAGCGCAAUUGUCGGCGUCUCGAUAUAAAGGGAAAUGUAGUAGUCAAUGGCUCCCCAACACAGCCCCAACGACCGCGGUAUUUCUCUUCUUUGCAGCCUCUCUCCUGCCGGAUCCCGACCUCCCAUACCGGCCCUCUGCUGCGAAUGUACACACCUGGAUUACUGCGAUUAUAUUUGAAGCAGUAAUAGUAGUGCUAGACUGCGUGGCUGCCACAAACUGUUCUAUCGAUGGCCUUACCGUCCUUUGGCUAGUUCUGGCCUAUGGACGGCUAGCGCUACUCAUCGCUGCAUGCAGCAUCAGGCAUAUCCCAUCGCCGAGGGGACUCAAGGAUCCCGCUCGAGAAAGCUUGUUGAGCUCCGACACUAGUGAGGAAGGUCGGUAUGGCACGGUCGAGGCCAGCCCGCCGAAGCCCGGUGACGCUCAGUCAACGAAUUGGCUGGACUACCUCGUCGGGUUGGGGGUCAUAUUCCCAUUGAUCUGGCCGGCCGACUCUGUGUCCAUGCAGCUACGAGCCAUCGUCUGCAUCAUAAUCCUCAUCGCCCAGCGCAUCGUCAACGUCCUUGUCCCACUACAACUCGGUCGUGUUGUUGCCUCUUUGGGCAAAGGUCAUAUCCCCUACAAAGAACUCUCCCUCUAUAUUGUCUGCCGAGCGGUGCAAGGCCAGCAGGGCGUUCUCGCGUCCAUUCGGGCGCUUCUGUGGAUUCCCUUUGGGCAAGCGACGUAUCGGAGACUGACCGAGUCGUCUUUCAAACAUGUGCUGUCUCUGUCGCUUCAGUUCCAUCUAGGAAAACGCCUGGGUGAAGUCAUGAGCGCUCUGAACAAGGGAAGUGCACUGAACACGUUUAUCGACUCCCUCGUCUUCCAGCUGUUUCCGAUGGUGGCAGAUAUUGGCGUUGCCGCCGUGUAUUUCCUGGUCAACUUUGACCCGUUCUACUCGCUCAUCAUUCUCGCCAUGGGCGGCACGUACCUGUUUGUCACGAUCUAUAUGGCCAAGUAUCGGGGUCGGGCACGACGCCAGAUGGUCAACUGCGAUAGGGAAAUGGAGGCAAUCAAAUCCGAUGCGAUCAUGGCCUACGAUGUCGUCCACUACAACAGCGCUAUUGACCAGGAACAGCGUCGCUUGUCCGACCGCGUCACAGCCUUUCAGCGGGCCGAGUUUGGCGUGCUGGUGUCUUUGAACCUAUUAAACGCCGUUCAGAAUCUCAUUUUUACUCUCGGCGUGGCCCUCGUGAGUUUCCUGUCCGCCUACAAUAUCUCCAUCGGGGUCGAAAAGGUGCCCCUGUUUGUGUCGCUGGUAGCGUACCUGGCGCAGCUGCAAGCACCACUGGGGUUCUUCGGUAGUUUCUACACUCAAAUCCAAAACAAUCUGAUUGAUGCAGAGCGUAUGCUUGCCCUGUUUAACGAGAAGCCCUCCGUGGUAGACAAGCCUGAUGCCAUAGAUCUAGUCGAUUGCAAAGGGCACAUCACGUUUGGGGACGUGACGUUUGCGUAUGACCCCCGCCGUUUGGCCUUGACCAAGAUCAAUCUCGAUAUCCCACCCGGAAGGUCAGUGGCUAUUGUAGGCGAGAGUGGAAGCGGGAAGUCCACGCUGCUGCGACUCCUUUUUCGCUUCUACCACCCAGAUAGCGGUCGGAUCCUUAUCGAUGGUCAGAGCGUGGAGGACAUUACCAUCGAGAGCUUGCGCAAGCACCUGGGAGUCGUCCCGCAGGAGACGAUGCUCUUUAACGAUACUCUCAUGUAUAACCUGUUAUAUGCAAACCCAUCCGCCACGGAGGAGGAUGUUUAUGCGGCCUGCCGCGCAGCGAGCGUUCAUGACAAAAUUAUGGCUCUUCCGGAUCGGUAUCAGACCCAAGUCGGAGAGAGGGGUUUGCGUCUAUCAGGAGGCGAGAAGCAGCGGAUCGCAAUUGCUCGCGUGCUAUUGAAGUCGCCGAGGAUCAUCCUCAUGGACGAGGCGACAGCCUCCCUGGAUUCGGAAACCGAAAAGUCCAUUCAGGCCUCGUUGGCUAAGAUCAGUAUCGGCAGGACUACCAUUACCAUCGCACAUCGUCUAUCUACGAUUACACACUGCGACGAGAUUGUUGUCUUCCACAAUGGCACCAUCGUGGAGCGAGGAAGCCAUACACAGCUCUUGACGAAACCGGGGAGAUAUUGGCAGAUGUGGGACAAGCAGACUAGAGAGCCUCGCUCUCCUUCUGCGGAAUGA